UUGUUCGCCAAAUGGUAUGAUUGGACACGCAAAUGCUCAUUUGAAACAGCUGGAAAAGUUUCACGAUGGAAAUAGUGCGACUGGCUGUACCUGUUGAGAACAAUUUUAGAAAAGUGAUGAGGGUUCCAAAAAACAAAUUACUUGAGUGUAUUCAAAAAUAUCCAACUCUGAAGGUAUUAAAUCCAACUAAGGAAGGCCGGGACGUUGUGAUAAGGAAUAUAACUCCGGAUGCACUUCUCUGCUUAAUCAAGUUUGCUUCGGAAGACGCAGUCGAGCUUAGCUCAUGCAAAAUAGCGUUAGAAACUUAUUAUACAGCUCUAUUGUAUCAAAUAGAGCCUUUGCAAAGAAUAUGCGAAGAAUUCAUUUCGGAAAAUCCAAUAACUUUGGACAAUGUGAAUGAAAUCCAUCAACUAGCUAAAACGCUGGAAUUAGAUCAAGUUCUGAAAGUUGCUGAUCUCUACAAGAAACGCUUUUCGGAAUCCAGCAAACUGAGCACUGUAAACACUGCAGAACCUAUGGUCGGGUAUUGUUUUAUGAAGAAAAAUGUGUUUCUAAACCCGUUUUAUUUAAGCUUUCAGCUCAAGCAAGUUGAAUGUACUGAUCUGAAUGAUGAAUUUCCGUGUCAUCUCAAGAACGAGAUUGUGGUUGACGCCAAUGAGAAUCUUAGAGUCCUGGGCAUCCGAAUUAGACUGCAACCAUCAGAAUUCCACGGAAAUAAAACUUUGAAGAUAUGUUGCAAUAUGUCAACAGACUGUGAGGAUUCCGUUCAUCUGGAAGAGACUAGAUGCAAAAGUUUAGAACCAAUAAUAAUUAUCUGUUUUCGAGAAGAAUUUUUAGUACCCCUAGGACAGAAAGGAACAAUUAGUAUUACUAUUGAGGACGUAAAACCUGUUAUGUGCUAUGGAAUUGAAACAGAAUCAUUUUGUACUAAAACGGGAAUUAACUUUACUUAUCGAAGCAAUUGGAAAACUUCUCAGUCUGAUUUGAAAAGGGUUUUCAUUGACGGAUUAUUUUAUGAUUUCACUGAUAACAACUAAAGUUUAAAAUCAGUUACAAACUGCAUAAAAUAAAUUUCUCAACAAUGUAUUUUAGCUUUUUCUGAUACAAAGUGAAUUUUCUGUUGAUUGUACUUUUGCAGGACUUUGAAUUUUCUGUUGAUUGUACUUUUGCAGGACUUAACAAUUAGAAAUGUAUUCACAUUUGUGAGGAGACUUUUCUACCGUAGUUAGAAUUUAACCCAGUUAAGCAGUAUAGUAUUGAAGAUAAUAGUGUGUAUAUAGAUUUAUGUAUAUGAAUAUUCUUAAAUUGAUCUAAAAUGUAAAUAUAUCUUUAUAUCCAUAUUUACCGAAUGUUUCUUUCAUUAUGCAAUAUGAGAAUGUUCAGUCACCUUAUCUUUAUUUAUCUAUUUGUGUUUAUCUUAUAUUUUCGUUUAAUGAAUAAAUGAAAUAAACGAGUUAUAAAGCGUU